CAAUAGCCUCCUUACUGGAGAAGUUUGGGGCUCUAUAUAGGCGAGGUCUUGGUCUUGCUUGUUCCUCAAGAAGAAUCGUGGGAUCUCUAUUUUCUUGGCCAAUAUGAAGCAAAAGAUUGUGAUGAAGGUGCAGAUGAAUUGCCUAAAAUGUCAGAGCAAGGCACUCCAGGUUGCAGCUGAAGCAAAUGGGGUGAGCUUUGUGGGGUUAGGGGCGCAGAAAGAUAAAGUGGAGGUGAUUGGGGAUGGAGUUGAUGCUCCAAAGUUGGUGAAAAGUCUGAGGAAGAAGGUUGGCCACACUGAGCUCCUCACCGUAGAAGCUGUGAAAUGAAUACAACAAGCUAUAGAAGCUUGGAAGACCAUGCUUUUGCCUGCCAAUCCAAUAAGAGAGAGAGAGAGAGAGAGAGAGCUAUCCAAUAAGAGAGGGAGAGAGAGCUAUUUUGUUUUUAAUAUUAUGUAGAUGUCGGCUUUAAAAAUGAAGAGUUUCUUUUAUUUU